AACAAGUCAUUUCUGUGGGGGGCACAGAAGAUUGUUUCAAAGUUCUUGGUGUGAUCCCUUGGCGCAAUUCAUAAAAUGAUUUAUGAAUACCAGAAGAAGAGCGCGCGCGGCUUCAAAUUUCUUCCCGGUGGUGGAUAAAUGCGCAAGAGCCUACUCUCAACUGGCUGGACCCGACAGAGCUGGAAAAUGACAGAUUCUUUUGACAGCUGUGCAAAGUUUCACUGUCUAAUUUGCGCAACGGCAUCAACCGAAGUUUUCAAUUCGUAGCCAUUUUUCAUAGAGUGACCACCAGGCGGAUCUUGGGACGCACAGGUUGGCCAUGCCUAUCGCGAACAUCUCGCAGUUAUCAGAUGAGGAAGUCAGUCCAACUCCCAAACCUUUGCCUGUCCCCAAGCCUUCGCCUAAGGCUCCGUCGGUGCCCGCCAAAAAAGAGUCAAAGAGCAAAGAAACACCGAAAGCUAAAGCAAAGUCGAAAAACAAGGCGGCCACCGCCAAGGCUGUCAUGAAAAAACCAGUUGCUCAAACUGCAGAGUCUGAUGCUGACCCCAAGGAUGAUGCAUCUCAGAAACUUUCAGUGAAAAAACGGCCAGCCUCUGCUUCGGAAUCUUUGGUUGAUGAGAAGCCCGCCGAGAAACAGAUCAAGACUUCCGUGUACAUGUACUCUUCGGGCAACCGUGCAGGGAUUUGGGGAAUCAAAGUGGAUGGCAGUGAAGUCGUGAGGGUGGGGGCAUUGGUCCAAUUGUCAAUAAUCAUGCAGUUGUUUGAAAACAAACAAUGGUGGAUGAGUUUGCGGUUGUCGUGAUGCCUGGGCACCCUUGAGGUGAAGCCUCGCGAAGGUGUUCCAGCGGCUAAGAUCCAAGAGGUAGCAGAAGCUGUCAGAAAUGAGAUGGCGAAGGGAUUGGGAAAGUCUGAAGGCAUUGAGCUGGUGGAAACCAUGCUGAGCGCUGCAGCUGCAGCUAGUCGUGAUUGUCCAGCGGCGGAAACCGCCGCAACAAAAGAUGAUUCUGGCGCGAACGCCGAUGAUGGUGAAGACCCAGAGUCUGAAGAGAAAGAGGAAGACGCAAUUGAAGAUGUAGAGUAAAGCCUUUUCACCACCGGCAGCGAAGCCGGCUUGAGCUUGUCAGUGAA